GUAAUUGCAUUAUUAUUAUUAACUAUAUUACAAUUGGCACAUAUUGGCCAAUCGGCAGAUUUCCGGUGCUAUACGCCCAGGGAUGCCAUACCCGGCUGCACCUGUACUGAUGGCUGGGUUGCCAAAGAUUUUAUAUAUAAAACAACAGUAAAAUGCAAUGAAUUUAACGGCACUUCCGACGAGUUUAAGGACUAUCUCUGGCGACUGAACGGCCGGGCGGUCGACGACCUGAUCAUCACUGACUACCCGAACGCUCGACU